GGGGAGGGUGAGUGUGGCGGCGUGUGGCAACGAGCCGUCGGUUGGAUCCCGGUGCUAGGCUUGACCGGCCGCCGCGAGUUAGUUCCUGGGAGUGCUCAUGGCGGGGGUGGUGCGUGCAUGUCGCUCCUUUGCGCUAUUGUUAUUUUCGAUCCCUGUGCAGUAUUUCGAGUGGAAAUUACCUGGAUUGAUGUACAAAGUGAAACGUUCUCCUGUGGAUGCUGUUGAAUGUUGUGGUGCCGCUAGUGUCGCGGUGGCGGUGGUGGUGCAGCACUCGGCGGUUAACGUGGUGCUGGUGGAUUGAUGAGUGUCAGUUGGUAGUACGUACUACUGUCUCGACGGGCGUCGCCUCCCGCCGGCAUCCCAGAUACCGGCCUCCACACAGGCGCCGGCAGGACGCGAGGGAUGGUCUGCAGGAUGCUGGCUGGGCGUUGAGAAAGAGACCCGUUACUGUGAUAUUUAGUGUUAAGUGUUCUGAGCAGCUAUCAAAAGUUGUUAUUGCGACGGAAGCUGAUUAAAGGAUUUAUAAACAAAGCUGCCGUGCUUGAGACAUGUUGUGGUGAAGUGGUGUGAGAUCAGGAGGCCCGCGGAUUUGUUGUGGUGACGUUGGCAUGAGCAAGCUUGGUGCUGGUGCGUCGUGCUGAACGUCAGAAGACCACGGCGUCUUGCUCCUGCUGGCUCCUGCUGGCCGCUUGAGCGAGCAAGUCUUACCAGCUGCUGCGGUGGUGUCGUGAGCGCUGAUGCUGGCCACCGCCCGGGGUCCCCCUGGCCCCACGCCUACACAGCCCACCAUGCCGGAGCCACGCCCACACUCGCACAAGAUUCACCUGCAACACGGACCCGCUCGUUUCCACAAGCCUUGGUACAAUGCUAAUUGGGUGAGUGAGAGCAAGACAAGCAGCAAGGCGGCCGAGAAGGGACACCGGCCAAGGGGCGAGGAUGGCGUGGGCGGUAUGUCGAGCUCCGGGGGCGGCGGGGGCAGCGGGUCGUCCUCGUCCUCGGUGCGGGGCUCCUCCUCCCGAUCCCGGACGGAGGAGAUCGGCAAGUACCGCCUUCUCAAGACCAUCGGCAAGGGGAACUUCGCCAAGGUCAAGCUGGCGAAGCACGUCCCCACUGGCAAGGAGGUGGCCAUCAAAAUUAUAGACAAAACACAACUAAACCCUGGGUCAUUACAAAAACUGUUCCGAGAGGUGCGAAUCAUGAAAAUCCUUGACCAUCCAAACAUCGUCAAACUCUUCCAAGUAAUAGAAACAGAAAAGACAUUGUACCUGGUAAUGGAGUAUGCUAGUGGAGGAGAGGUUUUUGACUAUUUGGUCUUCCAUGGUAGAAUGAAGGAGAAGGAGGCCAGGGCAAAGUUCAGACAGAUUGUCUCUGCUGUGCAGUACUGUCAUCAAAAGAAGAUCAUUCACAGAGAUUUAAAAGCAGAAAAUUUACUCUUAGAUUCUGAAAUGGUCAUCAAAAUAGCAGACUUUGGUUUUAGUAAUGAGUUUACACCAGGGAACAAAUUGGACACAUUCUGUGGUAGCCCCCCUUAUGCAGCACCUGAGCUAUUUCAAGGCAAGAAGUAUGAUGGCCCGGAGGUGGAUGUGUGGUCAUUGGGUGUGAUACUCUACACACUUGUGUCUGGCUCACUACCCUUUGAUGGGUCUAACUUAAAAGAAUUAAGAGAACGGGUACUAAGAGGGAAGUAUCGUAUACCUUUCUACAUGUCAACUGACUGUGAAAACCUGCUCAAGAAGUUCCUGGUGCUCAACCCAGCACGACGGGCAUCACUAGAGACAAUAAUGAAAGACAGAUGGAUGAAUAUCGGCUAUGAGGAUGAUGAACUAAAGCCGUAUGUGGAACCUGUUAUGGACUAUGAUGAUGUAAAAAGAAUUGAAAUCCUAAGUGAAAUGGGUUACCUAAGGACGGAGAUUGAGGAAAGUUUGAAAGGUCAGAAGUAUGAUGAUGUGUAUGCCACCUACCUGCUGCUGGGACGGAGAUCUUCAGAUCUUGAGAGUGACGGCUCCAGGUCAGGAAGCUCCCUUUCACUGCGCAACACGAGUCUAACACCCCGAGGUCAGGAGUCCAGUGGAGCCGCCCAGUCCCCAUCUCACUCGCACCGAGGAGUCCACCGCUCGGUCUCGGCCACCAACUCUAAGCCUUCCUCUCGUAGAGCAUCUUCUGGUGGGGAGACCAUUCGUGGUGGAGGAACAACUCCUGUGUCAACUAAUGCACAGAACCAUGCAGGAACCAACAACUUCCGGCGGCAGAACACUGUUGAUUCUGCAACCAUCAGGGAGAACACUGCCAGGCUGGCACAAGGAGGGGUUCCCACUACCUCUAGUUCCCGCUCAGCGGCACUCAAGAACCAAAACAUCACUGCCCUAGAUCCUUCAGGGGCACCAAGCAAGACUGGAGCAGGAGCAGGUGCAGCGACAAGUCCUGGUGUUGGCAAGUCCCGCACUGCCCAGAAGAGCAACACCAUAACCACCAGAAUGAGUGGUUCCGGCAGACGCUCAACAAUCACCUACGACCCCAGUAAAGCAUCGUCAACGGAAAAGACGAAUAUUACGAAUGUUCCGGAUUCUGCCAGUGGUGUGGCUGCAGUACCACUCCUCCCUGGGGCCCCUCCCUCAUGUGUGGUGGGGGCCCCGGUGGACAGCCUGUCCCAUGGCCACCCCUCGACAGCCACUAACUCUCGACCUGCAAAAGGUCAUUUCAAGUCAGCGUCCAUUUCUGCGGGCACGGGUGCUGGUCCAGGUCGAGUGGAUCUCUCGCCCCUAGACCACCCCCUAGAUCCUUUACGGUCAAGCUCAUCGAACAAAACUCCUGUAUCACCUGUCUCAACCAAUCGCAAUCCCUUCCCUCGAAACCACCAAAGUCGAUCAACGUUCCAUAGUGGACAAAACCGACGAAAUAACAACACGUUCGGAGGAGUUGGAGCGCCUCUAACCACUCAAGAUACAAGUGUACUAUCAUCUGCCAGUAGAACCAGUUUCUUCUCCAAAUUAUCUUCUAAGUUCUCAAAACGCCCCCUGGAAACACCAACUAGGCAAGCUGCUAGCCCAUCUGUGAAUAAUGAUGAACAAGUCAAGCCUCGGUCAUUGCGCUUCACGUGGAGCAUGAAAACAACCUCUUCACGCGACCCCAAUGACAUCAUGGCCGAGAUUCGCAAGGUGUUAGAUGCAAACAACUGUGAUUAUGAGCAGCGAGAAAAGUUCUUGCUUCUAUGCGUUCAUGGGGACCCCAACACAGACUCCUUAGUACAAUGGGAGAUUGAGGUGUGUAAGCUGCCAAGACUUAGUUUGAAUGGUGUUCGAUUCAAGAGGAUAUCAGGAACUUCUAUUGGAUUUAAGAAUAUUGCUAGCAAGAUUGCCAAUGAGCUGAAACUGUGACUACAAGGGGAAUUUGAACUAGGUGAUUCUCUAGUAGAAGUACCACUUGGGCACAACACAGCCUGAAUCAUGGUCUUCUCAUCAGGAAGUGAAAGGGGGGUGCCUCAAGUGAUGUCUCUGGGUCACACGAUCUUGUUGAAAGAUUCAGGGAAUUAAAACAUAUUCCGAAGUGUGCCUAACAUACAUCUGAAUUGCUCUUGUUAAAAAUGUUAAUAGAUAAAUGUUGGCACUGCAAAUUUUCGGAGGUGUUUUCAGAAUGCAUUUUCGUGUCCUGACCUGGAGUGUUUUGGCAACCCCCCCUAUGAAGCUCACAGAAAACUAAUAACAAGUUCACUCAUGGAAGAAUUCUCAUUUUAAGUUCCACAGGCCUCACCUGAAGCACCAUUGGCUUGUUGGCUUCCCAUCCUCACUCUCCAAAGCAUAAAGUGGAACCCUCUCGCUGUUCGAAAUCCAGUUGCCUUUUGAAAUUAAUUGCGACCACAACACUUGUUUACAUAAAAUGUACUAAGCUAUCUUGACUCUAUAACUUUGAAAAGACAUGAUCAUAUAUAUAUAUAUAUAUAUAUAUAUAUAUAUAUAUAUAUAUAUAUAUAUAUAUAUAUAUAUAUAUAUAAAGUAUAUGGUUGGUUAAAAAGUGUGAUAUUUGGAAAUGAAGUUUAUUUGAACAAUAUGUGAAUGAACAACAAAGUGUCUUAGUACUUACCCCCUUCCACCAGCACUGGCCAGAGUAGUGCGGUUGUGUAGAUGACGUGUGGUGGGAGUUUAAAGAGCUUCACCAAACACUCCAGUGGACUUUGGGAAGAGUGAGGCCAACACCCACCAUAUCAUAUAGCUCCACGUGUGAGCCUCACAUCAUGUGUAACAUUAUCAUUGUGUUGCACUCACAUGUUAACCAGAAGAGGUUCCAAAGGAACAUUUUACCUUGUUUUCUUUUGUAAAUACUUUGGCUGUAGGAAUACAAAAUUAAAGUUGCCCAGUUUUGUUAUGUAUAACCAAUAGGAUGAAUGAGGUGAUUUGAAUAUUGAUAUGUACAGUAUUGUAAAGAUUUGGUCACAUAGCUGACUGAGAACAUAACCCUAAUCGUGGUUAAAGAACUAGUGUGCAACGUGUAGCAUGAGCAGAGCUUGACUCCCAGUUGCCCCACGCCCUUGUGUAGAAACCAAAGACUGGGACUUCACUUCUGUUGUGCCUGGGUUAUAUAAAAACUAUUGAGGAGUAGUGCGUUGCAAUCUGCAAGUGUGAGCCAACUGUCAAGAUGUUUUUUUUCUGCCAUAUGCCCCACCUAGCCUUGUUGUAUAUUUACAAGCUCCUGUUGUAAAUGGUGUAGUCUUCUGAUUGGUAACUCAUCAGUCCCACUCUCUCUCUCUCUCUCUCUCUCUCUCUCUCUCUCUCUCUCUCUCUCUCUCUCUCUCUCUCUCUCUCUCUCUCUCUCUCUCUCUCUCUCUCUCUCUCUCUCUCUCUCUCUCUCUCUCUCUCUCUCUCUCUCUCUCUCUCUCUCUCUCUCUCUCUCUCUCCCCCCCCCCCCUUGUUGCCUGCCCUCUAUUACUUUUUUUUUCUUUUUCUUUUCUAUUCCCCCACUGAUUGCUUCCUUUCCCCUCCAGACCCAUCAAUGAUGGUGAGCCAUCUUGUUAUGUGUUCUGCCUUACUCCUGAGCCACCCAGUACCUUCACAGGUUAUGGAACUGAGGCAUUUGCUUCACACCCAUACACUGCUUUUAUUUCUCAUUCAUUGUGUAGAUAUAUUACCUUGCAUUGUCAUUGUCAUUUUAAUUUGAAAUUACUAUUUCCAUUGUUCAUCUUAAUUAGACAUUCUAGUGGUGGCAGAUAGGUAUUUGAUUUUUCUUUUCAGUUCAUCCUGGGGAUUAUAAUCAUGCAAAUUUAUAGCUGCUAAUAUUUAAUAAAAAUAUGAAAUGAUAAUGUAUGGACCAUAUAUUGACAGUCUUUCUAUACACAACCUUGGGUUUUAACUCCUUACUUUCCAUUGAUUGCUUUGUAAUCAUUUGGAAGAAUUUUCAUCCCAAAAUAUUUUUUUAUCACAGGUAAUCAUGAUCUUUGAAACCCUAUUGGGGUUGUUGGUAGGGCACAGACCGAAAUCAAACAAAUAGGAGUUUGUAAUAAAUUGGGAAUUAUGUUGGUACUAAACACUUGUUUGUUUUUAUAGCCCCACCUGCCUGGCGAGAUGAGUGGCAAAAAAGACUACCUGACUUGUUUGAAAAUUUUAUCAAGAUUUAUUUAAUAAUGCUGCUGCAUAUGUUCAUUCCUGUAACUACCUGUGUACAUACUCAACCAGUAGCCCUUGAAAUACAGUGACAAUUGACAUGA